AUGCUAACAGGCCGCAAGUGGUUUGACUGCAGCGAGUGCCACCAGGAGACCGAGGACCAUGCUCUGAUGCAGCGGUUCGAGAUGAUCUUUGCCUGCAAGAAAUGCAAGAAGUGCUUCCGCAAGGACGCGCGCGAGUUUGAGGACUCGGACGAGUACUGCCCGCACUGCGACAACCACUUUGUUAUUGACGCCGUGACGCCCAAGCAGGCCAUCACCAUUGAGAGCGAGGACGUUCGCGUGGACAACCGCAUGAUCAAGGACGACCGCAUCAAGGCGCAGGACAUGCGGACGAUCUUCGACCCGGACCUGGACGCAGACCGACUCGGUUAG